UGUCAAACUACAAAGUGCUGCGACAACAGCAUGUCUCGCAGCAGCAAUAGCAGCGGCAUGAAAAGAGCAUAUGAUACAAAAUGGACACAUCAACGCAAAAGGCAAGAUCCAACCGCAGUACGGAGCCGCAGUAUUUUUUAUUUCUAAAGCCCGCGCGUGGAUUCUUGUAUGCACAGUUAAAUAGCCUGCAGAAAUCACUUUACUUCUUAAACGUUCUUCUCCCUUUUCACUGCGGAAAAACACUGUCACUGGUACCGUCAUGUCUUUCCUCACGUUCAACUCUUCUUUGCCGUACUUUGCUUCGCUGCACGAUGCUUCAGCCCUCGAGGCCGAUAUUGCUGGCCUGUCCGAACCCUUGUCGCUUGAAGGUCUCAAGAUCGCGUCGCCGUCUGAAAAGAGCGAAAACGAGAACAAGUUCAUGAACGCCUUGCAGCGCACUGGCAACGUACAACGCACUGUCAACGGUGCUGUGGCGCUCAAGUCAACCGAAGACGACUGCUUGGAUCUGUACUAUCAGCUUGGUGUAUCGCUUGAUACGGAUCUCAUCCGUUCGUUGCUCGAAAAGGCGUGGCGUCAAGACCCCGAAGUGGCCCUGCACAUCAUAUGGCAUACGCGCUCCAUCCACCGCGGCAAGAGUGCCAACGACAAGUUCUACACGGCCUUUGGUUGGCUCUUGCAGAACCAUCCUCAGACGGCUAUUCGUAACCUGCACUUGUUGACAGCCGACGUUAUUCCUGUGAACCAGAAGAGCAAGAAAAAGGAAUCCAGUGACUGGGACAUGGCCGACGUUGACCAGGACAAGCAGACUCGAUUCAAGUGUCAUGGCUAUUGGAAGGAUCUCAUCAACAUUUGCCAGAUCUACACCUGCAAUGAGCUUGGCGGACCCAAGCACACAGGUGACAACAAGGGAAAGUUUAAGGCGCUCAACUGCCCUCGGCAAGAGCGACGUCCCUGGAACGGCUAUGAAGACCACCGACACUUGUCAAAGCAGUUUUAUGACAAGAAGAAGCAAAAGGAGCAGCAUGAGAAGCAUCAGGCCAACAAGAAACAACAGCGGGAGGAACGCCAUGCCCGUAUCACCAGAUUGUUGAAUGACGAUCCCUGCUAUCGUGCCCUCCAUUUCUCGGUCGCCCGCUUAUUCGCCUCCCAGUUGCAAGCUGACCUUCGACAACUCGAAGCAAAUCGCAAGGCUGACAAAAAGUCAAAGUACGCACUUGCGGAAGGCAUCAGUUUGGCUGCCAAAUGGGCUCCCACGCUCGGCCACUCGCAUGACAAGAACACUCUGAUGGCCACGUCCAUCGCCGAGUUGCUGUUUCCGCCGACAGCUUUCCAGGAAAAGGACGAGACCCGCGAACACUACCUCAACAAGGUCCGGGAGAUGUACCGCAAGUCAUACACUUCGCCCCUUCGUCAAGCGCUGGACGUGACGGAACGCAAGAUGGCGUCCGGUCAGUGGACCAAGAUUGACUUUUCGCACGUGCCGUCCAAGUGCAUGCAGACCAACAGUGCCCUCUUCUACAAGCAUGCCAAGGACGAGUUUGUCAACUUUCUGAAGGACGUUGCGCUGGGUAAAAAGUCGGUGAGUGGUGCCACACUGCAGCCACAUGAACUGGUUAUCCGUGUCAGCAAGACAUUGCAGAACGUGUAUACCAAUGAGAAAGACAAACUGGCAAAGACGUUGAGCCCGGAAGCCUUGCAGGAAGUGUAUGCCAUGGAUGCCGAGCUGGCCAAUGCUCAGUGGAAGACCUUGGUUGAAUCCAUCAAGCAGGAUGCUGGUCCGAACAACGAAACGCUUGGGAGUUCGAUUGCCGUCUGCGACAUGUCCGGAUCCAUGUAUUCCCCCUAUGGUGGAACCCCAGUGCCUGUCUGGCCCGCCGUUGGUUUGUCCUUGGUUCUUGCCGAGCUCGCUGCGCCGCCCUUCAAUGGAUCUGUGAUUACGUUUGCUGACAAUCCUGUGGUGGUGAACAUCGACGUGGGUGGCAAGCUGAGCGACAAUGUGAAAAAGGCGUUUGCUGCACCGGUGGGCUACUCGACCGACUUUUUAGCCGUGUUCCUCGACUUGUUGUUGCCUAUUGCCAAGAAGCACAACCUCAAGCAAGAAGACAUGGUCAAGCGUCUGUUUGUGUUUUCGGAUAUGGAGUUCAACGUAGGCUUUGGCAUUGACAAGUGGGAGACUAUUUACGAGCAGAUCAAGCGGGAGUACGAACAGGCUGGAUACAAGAUGCCACAGUUGGUGUGGUGGAACUUGGCCCAGGAGCGUCCGACCGAUGAGUAUAUGGAUCCGGAGGCCCCUAUCCCGGUCACCAAGGAUACUCCAGGCUGUGCCAUGAUUGGUGGUUUCUCGGCUUCCUUGAUGAAGAGCUUCUUUGAAGGCAGUGUGGCGGGUGAAGACGAUGAUACGGUGUUGGUCGACGAGCAUGGUGAAGCUAAGGACAGCGAAAAAAAGGAGCGAGAUGAAGAGACUCCAACGACAGAGAUGGUCAAGACGCUUUAUCAUGAGAGCUUUGACAAAUUGGUUGUACAUGAUUAAACGCCUUUACCCCUCUAAUGUACAUAAUAUCAUAGCAUUUCAUACCUUCCUUUAUCCAUUUCAUAUAGCAUAUCCUACAAAACUUACCAAUCAGUUGCACAUACAUCCAUAAAGAAAAGUAGCAAAAGCACCUCCCCAUCGCGCUAUCUUCCUCAUUAAAAAAGAAUGAAAAAAAAAAUCUUAUCGCUUCAAGUAGUACAUAUAUCGAGACUUUGUGAUGAUUUUAUCAAUAAAAGAAAUGUGUCUUGAACUUGAUUAAGUGCCACAUAUUAGUUAACCAAUAUUAUAAAAGUGAACAUUCU